UUGUUCAUAUCCACAAAAUCAUUUAUUAUGUUAUAAAAUUUAUUAGUAUUAAUUUCCAUUUUUGAUGCUUUGUGAUGUUAGAAUAAAAUAUUGAAGAAAUAUGAAGUGACACACCCGUGAUCCCUGAAUACCUAAUUGUAAUGCAGGCUUGAAUUAUAAUUGGAAGGAAAUUACAAAAUUGUACAAAUUAAUUAUCACAAAACAACAAGAAAAACCAAUUAAAAGUAUUUAUGUGAUGACCAAACAUUACCUUAACAUGUGAGCCAUACAAUUUUCCAAUGCUUACCUCCAAUUUUACACCCACAUUUGGAAAUAACAACAAUUACUUGUAAGAGACCACGUGAACCUUUUAACUCAUUUCACUAGCCCAUAGUAUAUAUGACCACUCACACUAAUUAGUUUUUUAUUUCAACCUCCUCAAAAUAAAAUUUAAAAAUUUUAUUUUAUUUUAUUAGCCCGGUGGUGAUUUUUAUUAAAAUAUUAUAUUCAAUUCGAGUAUUUUUCGUAAUUUUUUUUGUAUGAUUUAUUUCAUUUUAUAUUAGAAUUGGGUUAAUUUAUGAUAGAUUAAGAUUUUUUGCAACUAGAUACUCCUACCUAGAAGUAUUCAUUCGAGUCAUCGAGUCAAUUUCGGGUCAGAUGUUUCAGGUCGAUUUAAAAUCGGAUUUUGUGUGACUCGAGUUCAAUUAAAAGAUCCGGUAAAUAUCAGAUUAUCGGUUCUGUUUUUAACACCUCAACUUCUAACAUAGUGCAAUAAACAACGUCAAAUUAUUGUACCGGGAUUGUAUAGUAAUGGUUUUGAGUUUACUACGAUUAAAAUAUAGGUCGAGAUAACUAAAACCAUAUUUUUUCAUUAACUAAAGUAUAUAAGUGUACCACUUUCAACUAGGAACUUAAAGAACAAGCUUCUAAGGACAAGAAAAAAAAAACACUCAAGUAGCUUAGAGUGAAGAGAGUAGUUAAUAAUAUACUUCUUCUAGAGACUAGAGCUCAAUGAAGAAGCAAGAAUGUGAGAUUGAAGCAGUAGGUAUUACCUACAAAAUUUACACCCACAACAAUGAAAUAAACCCAUUAAGUAUUUUCAAGAGUGGAAAUACAGAUAAUUGGAAUCAAUCAACAUUUUCUUUUGGGAUGAGAACAGUGCUAAACCAGGUGAAUUGCAGAGCAAAGCCAUGGGAAAUCCUUGCAAUUGUGGGCCCAAGUGGAGCAGGAAAAUCAUCUUUGCUUGAAGUAUUAGCAGGCAAGCUUAGUCCACAAUCUGGUUCUAUCUUUGUUAAUAACAAUGCAAUUGAUAAACCCAAUUUCAACAAGAUUUCAGGGUAUGUUACCCAAAAAGAUAUGCUUUUUCCACUCCUUACAGUUGAAGAAACACUCAUGUUUAGUGCCAAAUUAAGGCUUAAACUCCCACUUUUAGAGCUUAACUCUAGAGUGACAUCUUUAUUGCAAGAGUUAGGACUUGAUCAUGUGGCAAAUACCCGAGUUGGGAACGAUGGAAUCAGAGGAAUUUCGGGGGGUGAAAGACGGAGAGUUUCUAUUGGUGUGGAUGUGAUUCAUGAUCCUAAAGUGUUGAUCUUGGAUGAGCCCACAUCAGGGUUAGACAGUACCUCGGCGUUGCAAAUCAUUGACAUGUUAAAGAAUAUGGCAGAAACAAGGGGGAGAACAAUCAUUUUGAGUAUACAUCAACCUGGUUUUCGGAUUGUUAAACAGUUUAAUUCGAUCCUGUUAUUAGCUAAUGGCACUGUUCUGCACCAUGGUACAGUUGAUCGUCUUGGGUUCAACCUCGUUCAAAUGGGUAUCGAGCUCCCUCCUCAUUGCAAUGUCGUGGAAUUCGCUAUCGAUUACCUCGAAACAAUCCAACAACAACAAGAACAGCAAGCAAGUCCAAUUUCGGAAAUGCAACAAAAUACUGGUUCUACUGGGGCACCCCACCCAGUGCAGAGGAGGAAAACUCUGCAACAGCUUUUCCAACAAUCUAAGGUGAUGGAUGAAGAGAGUGCAUAUACGAGAAUCGAACCCGAAACCCAUGAUUUUGCAAAUUCAAGAUUGAAGGAAAUAAUGAUCCUUAGUCACAGAUUCUCUAAGCUUGUUAUGAGAACAAAAGAACUGUUUGCUUGCAGGACAUUACAAAUGCUGGUUUCAGGGCUGGUUUUAGGCUCCAUUUUCCAUGAUCUUAAACAUAAUUUAGAAGGUGCAUUUGAAAGAGUGGGAUUAUUUGCAUUUAUCUUAACAUUUUUGUUGUCUUGCACCACAGAGGCAUUACCGAUUUUCCUGCAGGAGAGGGAAAUACUGAUGAAGGAGACUUCCUCCGGGAGCUACAGAAUUUCAUCUUACGUCAUAGCAAAUUCCAUUGUUUACCUUCCGUUUCUGCUUAUUCUAGCGAUUCUGUUCACAAUUCCGGUGUAUUGGUUGGUGGGUCUAAAGCCGGAAUUCACUGCUUUUGCACACUUCUUGUUGCUCAUAUGGUUGAUCCUAUACACUGCUAAUUCUGUUGUGGUGUGUUUUAGUGCACUGGUGCCUAAUUUCAUAGUUGGAAACUCGGUAAUUCAAGGGGUAAUGGGAUCAUUUUUUUUGUUUUCCGGGUACUUCAUAUCGAAAAAAGAGAUCCCGAGUUAUUGGAUUGGGAUGCAUUAUGUGUCCUUGUUUAAGUAUCCUUAUGAAGGUUUCCUGAUCAACGAGUUUUCGGGAUCGAGUGAGUGUUUAGAGAGCAUGUUGGGUGUGUGUGUGUUGACUGGGAAGGAUGUUUUGAAGGAAGAAGGUUUGGGAGAACAGAAUAGGUGGAUGAAUGUAUUGAUUACAGUGUGCUUCAUUCUGGUGUACAGGUUCAUUUCUUAUGUCAUUCUCAGAUGCAGGUGUUCCAAAAGGAGUAUCAAGGCCAAUCAUGUUUGAACAAGGUUUUACUAUAAGAAAACAAAGGUCCAACCAAGUACAGAAGCCAAAAACAUGAGGCUGUAAGAGCCUAAGAGUGUUACCUUACCCCACUGAAUCACACAAGUAAACAAAAGUACAGCUAAAGAUUUCUGCACUAUUUCAUGUGAUCAUCAUUUUUGCUUAUUAGUGGCUGAUAUUCAAUAUUACAAUUCACAUGGUAACUACUAUGCAUCAAGUGGAUUUCCCUUUGCUUUUCUUGGGUUGCUAAAUUUUGUUGCUUAUGUUAUUCCUCCCCUCUUCCCCCCCCCCCCCCUCUUUAUUUUUACCAUUAGGUUAUGUCUGUUGAAAAAUAACCCAUUUGUGAUCCCACAUCGAAAAAUUAAAGAAAGGUUGACUAACAUAUAUAUUUGAUGGGUUAAUCCGGAUGGAACCUCAUUGGAUUUGUUUUCAGUCAACUCUCCUCUUAGUGAUCCCACAUCGAAAAAUAACCCAUUGGAUUUGACUAACCCAUUUGCUUUGAUUUAAGUUUGCAGUUAUCAGUUAAGCUGCUGGUAUCAGGAUCUGAAUUAUAAGCAUAUUGUAAUUUACUACCAGUUAGUUUCGUUGGGAGUCAACUCUUGUAUAAGAUGACCAUACUGUAAUGAUGUUGAUUUGAUUAAGAUUAGGUAGUUGGUGUAUGGCUUAACAGUUGUUCCUCAAAUGGUAUUAAACUUUAAUCUUCACUAACUAAUGCGUCUGAAUGUGGUUACUAGAUAAACUUGAAGUAUAGUCCAAAUUAGUGGUACCAGUCAGUACAAAGAGGUACCUAAUGGCACAAAAAACAGGAAAAAUACUAUAUUUAUACAUUUAUGGUCGGAGUUUAAUACCUAACAACAAUACAAUACGCUUUACAUACGUAUGUAUUCUCUGGCGGAAUCUAGGUUCGGGCAAUCAUCCAGAUCAUUUUAUUAAAAUAUCUUUUUAAUAUUAAAAUGUGUAGUAUAUAAUAUAAAAAAUAAUAGUUGAAUUAGUUCGAGUUAAUUUGAAUUGGUUCAACACACUUAUAGAAUUGACUAUCAAGUGUUUGGUUGUUAAAGAGGUAAAAUUUGACACAAAACUUGAGUUGAAAUAAUGUUUUGUGAGAGAACUAAGAAA